AUGUCUUGGGCUGAACGUUUAUUACAUCCGGAUAAUCCGGUUGUAUUUUUUGAUAUAACUGUUGGUAAUACAGAGAUAGGAAGAAUAUUAAUUGAACUUUAUGCACAUGCAGCACCAAAAACAGCAGAAAAUUUUCGACAAUUUUGUACAGGUGAAUAUAAAAAAGAUGGUGUACCAUGUGGUUAUAAAAAUGCACCAUUUCAUCGAGUUAUUAAAGAUUUUAUGAUACAAGGAGGAGAUAUUGUUAAUGGUGAUGGAACUGGUCUAAUGAGUAUAUAUAGUGGAAAAUUUGCUGAUGAAAAUUUUGUUUUUAAACAUAAUCAAGCUGGUCUUCUUAGUAUGGCAAAUAGUGGAAGAGAUACAAAUGGUUGUCAAUUUUUUAUUACAUGUACUAAUUGUGAGUUUCUUGAUGGAAAACAUGUUGUUUUCGGUCGAGUUAUUGAAGGUAUGUUAGUAGUACGAAAAAUCGAAAAUGUACCUGUAGCAUUCAAUAACAAACCAAAAAUUCCUGUUAUUAUUUCUCAAUGUGGUGAAAUGUAA